AGUGUCCUGAGUGUCUGCUGCUUGUGGCCUACUUAUAUCCAGAUACACCCAACGCUACACAUGGACGGAGUUUCAGCUUGAAAAUUGCGCACCAGAGCACACCAUAUCACGGCUUAGAUCACUCCACUACCCCAGCUGUACCACCGUUUCGUAUCUCAAUGUAA